CCACCAUCGUCGUCGUCCUCCUCCUCCUCCGUUCGCCGGCGAUGGUGAUCUCCUCUUGCUCAUCCUUCAAUCCUCUCCUCUCUCCUCUCGUUCCUACUUCCAAGUAUCAAUCCAAGCUCCUCCCUCGCUUCUCCGCUUCACGAUCGAUCGAUCGCUCGCUGAAGAAGGCCCCGUCCCUCCAUUGCCACGCACAGUUACUCAGUGACCUCGCUCCCGCCACCGCCUCCGUCUAUGGAGCUCUUCUCUUCGGCGGCGGUGUCUUUGCUUAUGUGAGAUCUGGGAGCAAAGGGUCUGUGAUCGGAGGUUUAUCUGGAGCUGCUCUGAUGGGCACUGCUUAUUAUCUGAUGCAAUCCCCGGAGACAAAGGUUAUAGGUGAUGCCCUUGGUUUUGGUUCUGCCUUCCUUUUUUCUGUUGUAUUUGGGAUUCGGUUGGCUGCUACCCGUAAAUUAAUCCCUUCUGGAUUGCUGUUGGCCCUUUCUCUUGGAUCUUUGGGUGUAUUUUUGUCUUCUUAUCUUCACGAUAAGAUUUGAUUUAGAACCCCACUUUUGUAAUUCUACACUUCUGUUACUAUCUGAGUCUUGUAUGGAUCUGCAGCAGGUUAGCAAUAAUCUGCUUUGCGAGAGUUAUUGUCCAGAUUUUGUAUCACAUAUCACUUACGCUACUGCUACCAUAAUUUUAAGUAUGAUCAGAAGGUAUUGUAAAAUUAAAACAUUAUUGGCUAAUGUAGUGUAGACUUAGCACA